CUCACGGACCAGACCACGACUCUAGCCUCGUCUACGACCGACCUGGCACUCGUCAUUCUCAUUCAAGAGUAUAUACUGUUUGACUGUGAAAGCCCAACGCUAGAUCCACGCAUCUUCAAUGCCUUCUCCCUACUGAAUUUACAAACGUCCUCGGCGUGGCGCGCAGCUGCAACAAUCUUCGUCCUUGGGUUUAAACUCGGUCUUGCCUUCGAGACAACAGACAAGAGCUCUCAAGCUCUCGGCGUGUACAGUCAGGAUGGCAAGCAUGAGGCACGAGCUGCUCAUCCUUGACAAGGUACCCGAGGGGGCAGGUGAGGCGGUGAGAGCUGCCUUGGAUGAUUGCAGCAAGCAGCACGGCUUCAUCUACGACGUUGUCCCCUUCUUUGUGGGACUUCACGAACAAGAUGACCAAGGAGUACCGAUAUCAACGAAAUAUUCUGCCGGAUGUACUGGACACUCUGCCGGUGGGGUUCUCAAAGUCAAGCUUCUUUGGGUUGAUGAUAAGCAUCGAGGCAGCGGGCUCGGACGUGAGAUCAUGACAGCGGUAGACGCGCUCGGCCGCAAGCGCGGGGCAACGUUUGCGACGGUGAACACAUUCAGCUUCCAAGCUGAGGGCUUCUACAAGAAGUGCGGCUACGACGUCCUGUAUCGAGUGCCGGGCUGCUUUGAUGGCUCAGUCGAGAAGAUUUUCUUGGGCAAGAAACUGUGAGAUUCAGAGCAAACGACUUGUAGGCAGUAUUUUGCAAAGCAUGCGACCCUUCUCGCUCGUCCGGCAUGUGCUGGCCACCGCACUUCUCCUUUGUAUGCCAGUAUCACUUUGCUGGAGAGGAAGGUGGAAGCAGAGCCUUGCGCGUCCCUCGUUGCACGAUGCACCGCACGCAGGGCAGCGGGCCUCAAGAUGACGAUCACAAAUCCGUAUCUUUGUGCGCACGCACUCCGGAGCG